AUGAACUUUCUUAAACAAUCAUCAACCCAAAUCUCUCGCCUGACUCGUUCUUCUCCAACAAGACUCUCCUAUUACUCAAUCAACCCAAUCUUCUCUAGAAUGUCAUCCUCUUCUUCAGCUUCUUCUACCGCUACUUCUACAACAACUUCAGAAUCUUCAGCACCACUAACAACACCUAUUGGCGACACCGAUGGAGGCCCCAUCACAACUACAAUUAUCCAGCGUGUUCAAGAAAAUUUCGCUCCCUCUUACUUUGCCAUCUACAAUGAUUCUCGCUUCCAUGCACACCAUGCAGCCAGACGUAACUCGGAAAACAAAGUCGAGUCCCAUUUCCGCCUUGAAAUCGUUUCAAACGCUUUCAAGGGCAAACCUCAACCAGCCCGCCACAGACAAGUUUAUAACCUUUUUAAAGAGGAAAUGGCCAUGCCUAACGGUGUUCAUUCAAUGUCUUUAAAAACAAAAACAGAGGAUGAGUGGGCCAAACUUCAACAAAAUGAGAAAAACUAA